CGGCCGCACUUAGUCGCUGAUUGAGCAGCGCCUUCAGCAUUUCUACUUUGCACAUUUUUCACCCACUUGCAACUCACUUGCUCACUUCCGCGUCUUUGUUCGCAGCUAGCGAGCUAAAGCUAAGCUUAAACCAACCGGAGAAGCUUCAAAGUGCACCGAGACCGCACGAAUUGUACCAGCCAGCCGGUCAGUCAACUUUACUGGCGGAAACGCCGACUGCCUGCCCGGACGUGCUGCGUCGAGGGUUCUUCGUGCGUCGAGUAAUCCAACAAGUUUAUUAGAAAAACGUUGGACGAGGCUUGUUUUCGGGGCAGUGACGUCAUCGCCGACGCAGGCUCAUCCCGCUCCUUUGAUCUUCAAAGACAUCAAAGUGUCGACAUGUUGUUUGAUGUAGUCGUCCUAGCUAAUCACAUUUGGAAUAUGACUAUCAAAGACAAAUUGAAUUCUAUCCAAGACACGUGACCAACUGAUUCUUUUAAUUCGAGUUAGAGAUUGCCCUUUUUUAAUUUUGGUAUUUAUUUAUUUUUGACUUCCGGUAGACCAGAAACGGUUAAUACGUUCUACUGCCUCCGUCAGAUGUGGAAGUGUUAUUACAAUCUUGACAUAUUUAUUUGCAAUGCAUGUCCACAAAUCUUUUUUUUUUAAACUGUUAAUCAGAUUUGCCGUCCAAGCAGUGACCCACUUGAACACGAGAAAAAUGAAUAAAAUACAAAUUCUGAAAAAUGUGUGAUGACAGUGGUUUUUUUAAAGCGCAAAAACAAGCCAUUUGAACAUUGUCGUACACUGUGAUUCGUUGUAAUGACACUCCACGCCUGAUGAUGAUAGUACUGCACCAAAAUCCACGAGCUUUUUCUCCUCUACCGGAACUAAAUAAUAAAAAAAAGACGACGAAACAAAAAGAAAGUACAUGAACGCGAGGUUGUUCAUUGUGCUCGUUGAACUUCAUUUUUAUGCUUCUUCGUAUAUCUUAGCUUGGCAAAAUUAGGUAACACAUCGCUAAGCAGAGAUAUAGAUAAGUACAAGUGUGUGAGAAAAUGUGUAAAGUGGAAAUGCUGAGAGCGUUGCUGAAUGCGCGACUCGGUGCGGCCGUCGAAGAAGUCGUUGGAGUUUUUCAAAGGACGAUCGCAGAGUACGAGGAGGAACUUGGUCGAACGAAAGAGGAGAAUGAGAGACAGCGUCGACAACUCGCCGCUGUUUCCUUGCCUCAAGUUGACUUGCACGUAACAGACAACAGUGACAAAUUUCUUCCGCCGGAGCAGCAGGAUGACCAGUCCAGGCUGUACCUUGGCUUUUGCCCAAAUUCAGCUGGGAGAGAAUGCAGUUCCACCGCGAUCUUAACGGAGAUAAGCAGUAGAGAAAAGGGAUGGAUGGAUGAGCAGCUGAAGUGGAACUUCAGGUUGGAGCAGGAGGAGUUGGAACCCCACCAAGUUAAAGAGAUAGACUUGACUGCCGAUAUCACCAAAUGUCCACUGACUGGUGUCCCUGUGAAGACUGAAGACAGUGGUCCGAGGUUGCAGCUUCAUCCCGGUCAAAGUGAGGAAAAAAGAUGGGCGGAACUUCCUAGCAGCAACUCAAGGCAACACAUGACAACAGAAGGUUAUGGAGACCACUGUGGAGGAUUACAAGCCGAGAGCCUCUUAGCUUCACGAUCAGAUCGUGACAAUAGAACGCCGUACUCUAAAGACGAAAAUGAAGAACAUCUUGCCCCAGAGCAGCAGGAUGACCAGUCCAGGGUGUAUCCCGCCUUUAGCCAAAAGUCUGCUGGGACAGGCUGUGACUCACCCACCACCUUUAUGAGGAUAAGUGGUAUAGAAAAUGGGUGGAUGGGUGAGCAGCAGAAGUGGAACUUCGGGUUGGGGCAAGAGGAGCCAGAGACACCCCACGUCAAAGAGGAAGAGAACGCUACCGUUAUCACCAACUGUUCGCUGACCAGUGUCGCUUUGAAGACAAACGAUAAUGACGACAAGGGUCUGAGGUCCCAGCUUCAUCCCAGGCAAAGUGAGGAGAACAGAUGGGCCGAGCCCCCGGGCAGCAGCUCAACGCAAUGCAUGAAAACAGAAGACGAUGGAGACCGAUGUGGAGGCUCACGAGGGGACGGCCUCUUAACUCCGGUCUCGCUUGACACUGUUGAUGAACACUCUCAAGGUGAUGUGACCUGCCACAACGACAACACACACUGGAAAUGUUCUCAGUGUGGGGAAACUUUUGGUGCCAAGAAAAAUCUAAGAAGACACAUGAUGCUCCACACGGGAGACCAGCCUCUCCGUUUCUCUCAUUCCAAAAUAGUCUCUACAAAGGGACAUUUGAUAACGCAUGCAAAAGCACACACUGGAAAGAAACCACAUUUCUCUAUUCGUGAUCAUUCAGCAUCGAUUAAUGGCAAGAAAAAAAACAAUGGUGGUGAGAAACCAUUUAAGUGCUCAGUGUGCAGUCAAACAUUUUCACAAAAGCCAAAUUUGAAGACACACAUGAGAAUACACACUGGAGAGAAGCCUUUUGCCUGCUCAGUGUGUGAUGCUAGAUUCACUCAAAAGAUUAGUUUAACACAUCACCUCAGAACACACACCGGUGAGAGACCAUUUUCCUGCUCUGUGUGCAAAAGUAGUUUUGCUUGUCCUGGGACACUUUGGAGGCACAUGAAAUUGCACACUCGAGUCAAACCAUUUGUCUGUCCGAAUUGUGGUCAAAGAUUUACUCGGAAAGAUUAUCUUAACAGACACAAGUGUGCUGGUGUCGCUGAUAAUGUUGGGAUUCACUGGCCUGAUUUUGGUGCAGCCAGUGCCGGUUCAGUUCCCACUCAGUGACACUUUGAAUGUUUGUCACCACGAUUGUGAUUAGCGGUUAAGGAAAUAAAAUGGAAGUGUCCUGGUAAGAAAUGAAACUUUAGGAUUUUAAAUAAUCUGAAUACUUUGAGCGAGCCGAGUCAGUAGUACGUCUGCCUCACAGUUCUGAGGUUCUGGGUUUGAAUCUCAGCUCCAGUCUUUUUGUGUGGGGUUCUCCCUGUCCUUGCAUGGGAUUUACAUAAUUUACCUUUUUUUUUUUUUAAUGGUUUGUAUACAAAUACUGUAGUUAUGUCUCUGAAGUGCCUGUCCACCCAUCAAGUGUGAAAUUAAAAAAAAAUCCAAGUGAAUCCUUUGUUAUUUACAUAUUUCUGAAACUGUGUGAGUGACAAUAACUGCCCCUCACCAAGUUUCUCUGCUUAUGACUGGGCACCUGGAGAAGUACAAAGAGCCAGAAGCCACGGUUGGACGACACUGUUUGAUACUACGGGUCUGUCUCCGUCAAGUGGAUGUGUGUCUCUGUUUUUAUGACGUGUCUUGUUCCAAUGACGUCUUGGGAUGAGAUUUACAAAAUUCGUUAUAUUGUAGAAAUACAUUGUAUCCCACAGAUAUGUCAGGGGAUCUAUAUAUAUAUAUAUAAACACACGCAAAACCACAAAUACCUGUAACUAUAGUAGAACGUGAAAUGCUCAGUCAGGGAAGCAUCAGUCAUGUAAUUUUAAGGUUUUUAUUUCGAGCCCCAUCAUGAACCGUGUCAUUUGUUACUCAUACUUUUAUCUAUAAACAUUUACCUUCAUCUGUUCCAACCAGGAAAGCAUUUAUGCACGCUAGUAUCAUCUGUUUGUUGAGAUUAUUUUCCAAAUGUGGAGAAAUUGUGAGCAAAAAACAACAACAACAAAAAACAACAAUAUGGUUCAAUCCAAAAACUUUUGAAAAAGAAUGCACCUCUAAAAUCCACUAUUCCAUAGUAAUAGAAUUAAACCCAAACUAUGACAUUUUCCCCCAGAACAUUCUCAUCAAAAACACAAUGUAGACUUUCACCAAUGUUUGCACUUUUAAAUAGAAUGCAAUAUUCAAUCUUAGUGUGUGAGUGAACACACACUAAGAUUGAAUAUUACGUUCUAUUGCACUGUAUUUUCACCUGUGAAGACAGUAUUUCAUCACUACACGGCGAUCAAGUAUGUGCAAAUCUUUGCAUCCAACAAAACUCAACGCAGGUCUGCUUACCUUUUGGAUUUGACAUGAUAGAUUCUUAAACAGUGUAGUCCAACCAUGGUUUCUGGAUCUUCACCUAGCCCGGCUUCAAGUCACAGGUGUAGAAAUGCAAAAGGGCUCUCUCAUAGACACAUUUUCAGAAACAGCUAAAGCAAGAUUUAUAUGGUUGUUUUUUCACACUUGACGAGUGGACAGGC